AUGGCUAUCUCUGUCGAUCAGACCCCUGCGGGCAAAUAUCCCGCAAAAGUUCAUGCAAAGCGAGUUGCGGCCCGCAUACAGGAACUCGGGCAUGGCGAUUCUGGAAUUAUUUAUCUCGAAGGCCAGAAGACGCACAUGAUUGAGGAUAGUGAUGGGGAAAUGCCAUUCCGCCAACGCCGCAACUUCUUCUACCUAUCCGGCUGCCCCCUCCCCGAUUCCUACCUCACAUAUGACAUUAAAGCGGACAAGCUGACCAUUUUCAUCCCCCCCAUUGAUCCCGCUUCAGUCAUCUGGUCCGGAUUGCCCCUUUCCGUCGAGGAGGCUUUGGAGAUAUACGAUGUCGACGCCGUCCUAUCAACAGCUGAAGUCAAUGCCAGCUUGGCGCAUUACUGCUCAGCACAGGGCGGCAAGAAAGUCUUUGCAAUCGCCGACCAAGUUUCCCCACAUAUAACUUUCCUUCCAUUUCAAGAGAUCGAUUUUGAUGUCUUGAAGCGAGCCGUUGAGGAAUCGCGCGUUGUCAAAGAUUCGUAUGAGAUUGCUCUGCUCCGGCGGGCGAAUGAGAUAUCUUCCAAGGCACAUGUGGCGGUGUUCAAGGCGGCGACGUCCGCUAGGAACGAGCGGGAAUUGGAGGCUAUUUUUGUCGGCGCGUGCAUGUCCAGUGGGUGUCGGGAGCAGUCGUAUCAUCCCAUCUUUGCCAGCGGGACAAAUGCGGCAACACUACACUACCAGAAGAACGACGAGGAUCUUGUCGACAGCGUCACCGGGCAAAGGAGGCUGAACAUGCUUAUUGAUGCCGGGGCUGAAUAUCGAAAUUACUGCGCGGAUAUUACGCGGGUGGUGCCGCUUUCGGGAAAAUUUUCGCCCGAGUCCAGAGAGAUAUACGAUAUUGUGCUGGAGAUGCAGAACAGCUCGUUGGCGAUGAUUAAAGCUGGAGUGAUGUGGGAAGACGUCCAUUCAACUUCUCACCGCGUGGCUAUCCGCGGACUGCUCAAGCUCGGCAUCCUGCGCAGCACGGAGGAGGAGCUGUUUGAGAAGGGGAUCAGCGUGGCGUUUUUCCCACAUGGUCUAGGUCACUACCUUGGCAUGGACACACAUGAUACGGGAGGUAAUCCGAACUACGCAGAUAAGGAUCCGAAGUUCAAAUACUUGCGUCUGCGAGGUCCUUUGGCGUCCGGCGGGGUUGUAACUGUUGAGCCGGGGAUAUAUUUUUGUCGCUUUAUUAUCGAUCCUUAUCUCAGUUCUCCGGAUUUGGGCAAGUACAUCAAUGCCGAUGUUCUUGAACGGUAUUGGAGUGUGGGUGGUGUGCGCAUUGAGGACAAUGUAGUCGUCACAGAUAGUGGUUACGACAAUCUGACGACGGCUCCAAAACUUCCCGAGGAGAUAGAGAGACUUGCUACGGAAAAAUAA